CGAGCAGCGGCGCCGACAGUCGACCGGCAGACUGCGGCGUGUUCGCGUGGUAAAUACGUGCGCGCUUCCGCGCUUCCUACUGCACACUCAGCUGUGCAGUCAGUGCAAAAUUCGUGUGGGCAGCGGGUUGUAAAAGGGUUCGCGGAUUUCCAUACAUAAUCCGCACCUAAAUUUGUUUUUGCGCAUUGUGUGCGAAAAUCACUAUAACUCAAGCGUGUUGAAGUGAUAGGAUUAUAAAUUUGUGCGAAUUUUAUCACACUUACAAUUCGUUGCGGUGCUUUUUACUUUUGAUAACGCCAAGAUUAAUAAGAAUUUGUUAACUGAAGUGUUUUUCGGCGGCGCGGCUAGACUGCGAGUGUUUUUUGAAGGCAUUGAAAGCGCUCGAAGCUUUUGUUUGUUUAUUGUUCGCAUGAGAACAACCUCGAGGAUAUACAAAACUGCUACACAUCAAACCGGCGAUAAUUGGGCGAUAAUUAAAUUAAGACUUUCUCCGGCAGACCACAAGAAAACUCGACAACUCGAAAAUGUUACCCCGUCGAUAGUAUCCCCGGUUGUUGCUUUCGUGCGUGAAUCUCAAGUGACAUUUCGAAAAUGUUGUCGUAUAUGCUGCCGGUGGACGAGAAACCGCCGGCGGGACCCGGAAAGGCGCACCUGCAGCUGUCGCUGUCGCCGCCGCUCACGAACGGUCGCUCGACCACGACGAUGGUGACCUCGAACGGGGGCGGUCAUCAUAAUGUCGCGAUUACAACUACGACGCACACGGUGCAUUUGAAUAACAACGCCGCAUCGUCCAUCAGUAAGGAGAAUAGUAUUAGCAGUUUUGCUAGUGAUGCUACAACUGCUACUGCGAGUUAUUCUUCGGCGACGCCGACCAGUAUUGGGGGUAAACCUAUUAAUAAAGUGUUGAUUAAUGGGGGGAAGCAUCAAAGUCUCAAAAGGGUAUCUUUCGGUAGUUCGAAAGGCUCCAUGGUUGAGACAUUAAUCUAUGAAACACCGGUUCAGGAAGAACCAGAAACAAGUCCGAUACAAGAAAAUGCCACACCAUUUCCAGCCGAUCAAGACCAAACUGAAGACGAGCGAGAAAAGGUACGAGUCUCCUUCGUGCAGCAGUCGAAGCCGCAGGAGGUCGUGCUGCCGGAUGAGCCCGUCGUCCUCUCCGAGAGUGAAUUCAUGAUGGCAGCUGCCGCCCUUCAGGACUCGCACCACGUCGGCAACGCGAUGGUCACCAAAUUCGUACGACAAGAAAGCACUGAUAGUGGCUGGGAUAAUCCAUUCCGACCAGGUGGCGACCUCAGCCGCGAAGCUGACGAAAUCGUAGAGUUGAUUAAGGGCGGCAAGCCGAUUACACCGACAUCGGCAGGCAACGCGUCGCCGCUGCCACCCUCUGCUGACGAGCGUAUUGACUCUAAUCAGACGUCGACGCCGAUCACCGAGUCGCCGAAGAAGGCGAACGCCACUGCACUCUCAGCGACGCCCAAGACCGCCAAGAACGGCAACGUCCAGAACGACGCCAAGAGCCCGUUGGCUUCGCCGCCAGGCAAGAAGGGCGUUUCCUCUCCAGGGAAAAACGAGUUCGACGUACAGCGCGGUCAUACUGUAGCCGCCGGCGACGCCUCGCAGGUCGAGCACGUCGUCAUCAAAAAGAAACCCAAGUGCAAGUGCUGUGUGAUACAAUAACUCUGCGGCCACGACCACGACCGUCAACAAACCACGAUUCAUUUUUUUUUUUUGAUUAGUCAAAUAGACACUCGAAUAUUAUUUUGUUGUUGUAAUUAUAAGCUAUAUUUUAUAUAGAACGAUGGCAAAUCUGAGAAUCACGAUUUCAUCGAAUUUUAAACAUUACCGAGAUUUGAUGAGGAAUCGAUGAAAGCAGCUGAACGAUGAGAUUAACGAACGCUUUAUUGAAUUCAAUUUUCAUGCCAGUCACACAAAUACAGCUCGCCACUCGCAGUUUUUUCACGCCGAUGCAUUUAUUCCGAAAUUUACAUUCUUGCGUUGCUUUCUAUGGCUCGUAACAUUGUUAAGAAGAGAGAAGAGACGUAGUGAUUUUCUAAUUAAAUGUUUAGCAGCCUAGAUGAACUUAACACGAACAUGAGACCACAAGUACAAAGCAACAAGUAAUUAAUAAGACAUUAUCGAACAUUCAAACGCCGUAAACAGCGUUAAAAGUGUUGAAUCUUUCAUCAUAAACAUUGGUCAAGAGUUAUAUGUUGUUAUAUGACCUCUGACCUAGUUAAAUUUGAGGUUAAAAACUUAAAUCAAUUCAGUAGACAAAUUUCGGAAUAAAUGUUGAACAUUUAAUUAUGUACAUAAACUAAGGCAGCAUUUAACAAUCGGAGAGGAAAUUUCAAAUGGAAAUGCGGAUCUGAAGCUAUGUGAAAAAUAGGGAGAUUUAUUUUAUACGUCAUCAUUGAGUGGUUCUUCGAACUUCUUGUACCAAUUAUUGUUUCCUAGUUUUCUAAAUUUAUUUUUUAUUAACUGGAUUGACUAAUUUUAUCUAUUUUAUAUUUAUUUAGCUCGUUUCUUUGGUAAUCAUGUAAAUUUUGCAAAAGUAUGCUUAUACAUUUUAUUUAUUUUACGUUAGCAAAUGCUUAAGCAAAAUGCAGUUAUUUGUCAUGAUCGAAUUUGGUCACAUUGAAUUAUUUUGUGUGCCUGGAUGUAAAAUUCAUCUCGUUGGGUCGGCUAACAGGAGACAUGAAACUGAUUAUUUAAAUACUGAGCAAAAUGAUGAAGCGACUAAAGCAGAAGAAGAAGAAGAAGAAAAAUGAAACAAAGAAAGAUAUAUUUAAUAUAUAAAUUGUAGAAACGUAAGGUACUUCUAACGUCCCUUUUCCCUCACAACCACACAUUUUGUGUAUAUUUAAUUAUUUAAUUUUAAUAUUAUUGUAUAAAGUUAAAUUACGAAACAAGAGAUAUUAAAAUUAUCUACGAAACAUGAACACAAACAAAACACUACCAAAAUCGAUGAGAAUCAAACUCGAGGCAAAUUUACCGAUGACGACCACACACUUCGACUAUUUGUGACUAUUACGAUUUACAAAUUUAAAUAGUUGAAUACUAGAGGCAGCUUACGUGCUUUUUUGCAAAUUACUCACAAAACACUAACGUGAAGGAUACUCGAUCGAUGGCUGAGAUUAUACAAAAGAAAAAAACUAAAAGCGGUGACUAGAGAAACGUUUUUAAUUUUUUAUUUAGCUGAAACUGAAUUCCGCGCGACGGAAUCUUGUGUAUGUAUAAUAAAUAGAUGAAAACUACUAAAGAGAGAAAGAAAUGAAGAGAACAUUUUUAAUGAUUUUGUGAUGUAUAAAAUAAUGAUGUGUAACUUAUUUGUAUCGCUGAUAUUAUUUUAUUAACUACUAUAAAAUAAGAAAA